AUGGCCAAGAGAGUUGCAGUGAUUGGAGCUGGUGUGAGUGGCCUCUCCUCCAUCAAAUGUUGCUUGGAUGAAGACCUGGAGCCCACCUGCUUCGAGAGAAGUAAUGACAUCGGAGGACUGUGGAAGUUUACUGAAACAUCGGAAGAUGGUAUGACCAGGGUCUAUAGGUCCUUAGUGACAAAUGUCUGCAAGGAAAUGUCAUGUUACAGUGACUUCCCCUUCCCAGAAGAUUAUCCCAAUUUCAUGAAUCAAACAAAAUUUUGGGAUUAUCUCCAAGACUUUGCUGAGCACUUUGAUCUUUUGAAAUAUAUUCAGUUUAAGACAACUGUGAGCAGUGUAACAAAACAUCCAGACUUCUCUGUAAGUGGUCAAUGGGAUGUCGUCACAGAGAAAGAGGGCAAACAGAACCGAGCUGUCUUUGAUGCUGUCAUGGUUUGCACAGGACAUUUCCUGAAUCCCCAUUUACCUUUGGAGUCCUUUCCUGGAAUCGACAAGUUUAAAGGCCAGAUCCUACACAGUCAAGAAUACAAGAUCCCAGAAGGCUUUCAGGGCAAACGUAUCUUAGUGAUCGGUCUUGGAAACACUGGAGGGGACGUUGCAGUGGAGCUCAGUCGAACAGCAGCUCAGGUAUUUCUCAGCACUAGAACUGGUACCUGGGUUAUUGGCCGAUCUUCAAAUGGUGGCUAUCCAUAUAAUAUGAUGGUUACAAGAAGAUGCUAUAGUUUUACAGAACAAAUGCUACCUUCAUGUGUACGAAACUGGAUUCAAGAGAGGCAUAUGAAUAAAAUAUUUAACCAUGAGAAUUAUGGAUUAAGUAUUAAAAAGGGGUAUUUAAGGAAAAAAUCAAAAUUAAUUGUGAAUGAUGAACUACCAACUUGUAUCCUCUGUGGGAUGGUCACUAUGAAAACCAGCGUGAAGGAGUUUACGGAGACCUCAGCUCUCUUUGAAGACGGAACAAUAGAAAAAAACAUAGACGUUGUAAUCUUCACUACAGGAUACACAUUUUCUUUUCCCUUUCUUGAAGAACCUCUAAAAAGCCUUUGUUCAAAGAAGAUAUUCCUAUACAAGCAAGUCUUUCCUUCAAAUCUAGAAAAGGCAACAUUAGCUAUCAUUGGCCUCAUCAGCCUUAAAGGAUCCAUCUUAUCAGGCACAGAACUCCAAGCACGCUGGGCCACAAGAGUGUUCAAAGGACUUUGUAAGCUACCACCAUCCCAAAAAUUGAUGGCUGAUGCUAUUACAAAGGAGCAGCUCAUAAAAAGGGGUAGGAUUACAGAUACCAGUAAAGACAAACUCGACUACAUUCUCUACAUGGAUGACCUUGCUGCAUGCAUAGGCACAAAGCCCAAUGUCCCACUUCUGUUCCUCAAGGAUCCCAGACUAGCGUGGGCAGUUUUCUUUGGACCAUGCACUCCUUACCAGUACCGUCUAAUGGGUCCUGGAACAUGGGAUGGAGCCAGAAAUGCCAUUCUGACCCAGUGGGAUAGGACACUGAAGCCCUUAAAAACUCGAGUUGUUCUUGAUUCCUCCAAGCCUGCCUCCAUGUCACAUUAUGUAAAAACUUGGACAGCACCAGUCCUACUUGUCUCUCUUCUGCUUCUCUGGAAAUCUUCUUUUUGUUUUAAAUUGUUCUGGAAGAAAUUGCAAGAUAGAAUUUCCCCUUAA